UCACUAAAACAACGAAGAAAGUGUUUUAUAAACAUUAUUUUUUAAUAAUUUUGUCUUUUGGAGUUUUUGUUGAAAUUAUUUUUUAAAAUAAAAUCUUAAAUUCAUAUUUAUUCAUGAUAAUUUAGGUGUGCUCAAUUUUAAGAACUGAGGUAAGCAAUUAUAGGCCGCAAAGGUGUAGAGAAGGAGGAUCCUUAUCUGCCACGUAGAAGUGUGGGACCCAACUGACUGGCAUCCCUCCCUCUUAUAAGAAAUUCAAUCACAUAAAAUGGUGGCUUAAGAUAUUCCAAUUUUUGUGUGUGUUUCUUUUUAUUUUAUUUUAUUUUUCAUAAAUAUUCCUUUUAUUUAGUUUUCAUAUUUAAACUUUUUUGGGGUUGGUUAAUAUCAGUCAGUCCUCUCUGCAACACCAUUUGGGGAUUUGGAGCAAGAUUUUCUGUCAUCUCAAUAAGUUUCCGUAAAAAAAUAGUGUGACAUUUUAGUUAACAAAGGAAGAAGAUAUGGACUACAUGAAUGGACCAGGAAGGCACCAUCUGUUUGUUCCAGGACCUGUGAAUAUCCCAGAACCAGUCAUCAGAGCCAUGAAUCGAAACAACGAGGAUUAUCGCGCACCUGCGAUUCCAGCACUCACUAAAUCACUUCUUGAAGAUGUUAAGAAGAUCUUCAAAACUACCACUGGAACCCCAUUUAUGAUCCCAACUACAGGUACUGGUGCAUGGGAAAGUGCAUUGACAAACACUUUGUCACCAGGAGACAAAGUAAUAUCAUUCCUGAUAGGGCAAUUCAGUUUGCUGUGGAUUGAUCAGCAGAAAAGACUUGGUUUUGAUGUUGAUGUGAUAGAGAGUGAAUGGGGUAAAGGUGCAGACCUUGAAGCUAUGGGAUCAAAGCUAGCAGCUGAUACUGCACACAAUAUCAAGGCUAUCUGCAUUGUUCAUAAUGAGACUGCUACUGGGGUUACUAACAAUCUGGCCACUGUCCGCAGGGUUUUGGACCACUACAACCACCCUGCACUCCUCCUCGUCGAUGGAGUUUCCUCGAUCUGUGCCCUAGAUUUCCGUAUGGACGAGUGGGGAAUCGAUGUUGCAUUAACUGGUUCUCAGAAGGCUCUAUCUCUUCCAACAGGGAUGGGUAUUGUCUGUGCAAGCCCCAAAGCUCUAGAGGCAAGCAAGACUGCUAAAUCUGUCAGAGUUUUCUUUGAUUGGAAUGAUUACUUGAAGUUUUACAAGAUGGGAAGUUACUGGCCUUACACUCCAUCUAUUCAACUCCUCUAUGGUCUUAAGGCUGCCUUGGAACUCAUUUUUGAGGAAGGACUUGACAAUGUCAUUGCAAGGCAUGCCCGCCUUGGAAAAGCUACCAGACUUGCAGUAGACGCUUGGGGUUUAAAGAACUGCACUCAGGGUGAAGAAUGGUUCAGUGACACUGUCACCGCUGUAGUCGUUCCCCCCCACAUCGACAGCAAUGAGAUUGUAAAGAGAGCAUGGAAGAGAUAUAAUAUGAGCUUAGGGCUCGGUCUUAACAAAGUUGCUGGCAAGGUUUUCAGAAUAGGGCAUCUCGGUCACUUGAAUGAGUUGCAACUACUUGGUUGUUUGGCUGGGGUGGAGAUGAUACUUAAGGAUGUAGGAUACCCUAUUAAGCUGGGUAGCGGAGUUGCAGCUGCAGCUGCAUACCUACAGAACAGCACACCUAUGAUCCCUUCUAGGAUCUGAAGCAAUAUCGUGUUUCUUAUGCUUGUAAUUAAUCUUUGUUUAUUGGUAUACUCUUGUAAAAAAUAAUGUGUAAUAUUUGGACUUUAACAGCCAUUUACGCUUUUUAUCUGAGAUACUUUUUAAUCAAAUCGUUAUGUUGUUUAACGAA